AUGUCUUCACAUCAUCAUGAUCAUAGUCACGGCCAUGAUCAUUCCCAUGGUGGGCAUGGGCAUGGACAUGGACAUGGAGAUCACGAUCAUUCUCACGACUUGGAGCCGGCUCUCCAGUCAAACCUCUACAAACAAAUUGGUUUCGAAAGCAUCAGAACCCUCAACGAGGCUGAACCACGAUCAGGCGCCGGAAUAGUGCAGAAGACAUGGGACGAGAGAUUGAACGACCAACCAACACUCGAGAGUGACGCAGACGAGCAACUCUUGAUGCAUAUCCCAUUUGCGGGAUCUUGCAAAUUGUACUCGAUUCUCAUCCGCACAUCCGACUCGGAUUCGGCUCCUCAGACUCUCAAAUUGUUCCGCAACAGAGAUGACAUGGACUUCAGUACCGCGUCUGAUCUCAAGCCGACCCAGACUAUCGUCCUACCCAGAAGUAGUGAGGUGGCAGACAUCCCUCUAAAUCGGGCUCUCUGGAACGGUACCACGUCGAUCAAUCUUUUCUUCGAGGAUAACCAUUCUGGAGGAAGCGAGGAUGUGACCAGUGUCAGUUAUCUGGGGUUCAAAGGAGAUUUCAUGACGUUGAAUCGUGAACCAGUCAGUGUACUCUAUGAAGCGGCAGCCAAUCCAAAGGACCACAAGGUCAUCCAGGGAUUGACGAAUGCGACCCAUUCUAUGCCAGGACAAUGA